GACCAAUGAGUCUGUGUUUGGGGCCAGCGCGGCCCAAUGGCGCGGCCGGGGAGGAGGGCCCGAGCUGUGUUAGGGUGUCCUUGCAGGGUGUCUGAGCUAAACUUCACCAAAUAAUAGCUGUUUGUAUUUUGGCUGCUGCAGGAGCCAUUUUAGGAAUAAAUACCUACCCACCUACCCUUAAUUGAUGAAAAUGAAAAUACAAAAGAAAGAGAAGCAGUUGUCAAAUUUAAAAGUUUUGAGUCACUCCCCCAUGUCUGAUGCCUCCGUUAAUUUUGACUACAAAUCACCAUCGCCAUUUGACUGCAGCACUGAUCAGGAAGACAAAAUUGAAGAUGUUACCGGUCACUCUCUUCCCCAGAAGGACCUUUAUACUACUGAAGAGGAAGCUGAUACCCUUUUUCCUAGAAAACUGAUGUCCCAUAAUGGGAUGGAGGAUAGUGGAGGCAGAGGUACUGGAGUAAAGAAGAAACGGAAGAAAAAGGAGCAAGGAGAGCAGGAGGGAGCAGCCAAGGGCAGCAAGGACAGAGAGCCCAAGCCAAAGAGGAAACGAGAGCCGAAGGAGCCAAAAGAACCCAGGAAGGCCAAGGAGCUGAAGAAGGCCAAGGAGCCCAAGGAGCCGAAGCAGAAAGAUGGUGUGAAGAAGACUCGGAAGCCCCGGGAGGCCUCAGGUCCCAGGGAGGCCAAGGAGAAGAGGAGUUGUGUGGACUACACAGCCAGGACAAAGUCCAGGAAGGCCAGCAAGGAACAAGGACCAACCCCAGUGGAGAGAAAGAAGAAAGGAAAAAGGAAAAAUGAAACCACAGUGGAGAGUUUAGAGCUGGAUCAGGGUCUGCCGAACCCAUCCCUGCGGAAUCCUGAGGAGUCCACUGAGUCUGCAGACAGCCAGAAACGGCGCUCAGGACGUCAAGUGAAGCGCAGAAAAUACAACGAAGAUCUGGACUUCAAAGUGGUGGAUGAUGAUGGGGAAACAAUUGCUGUUCUUGGAGCUGGCCGAACAUCAGCACUCUCGGCUUCUACCCUGGCCUGGCAGGCAGAGGAGCCUCCAGAAGAUGACGCAAACAUCAUUGAGAAGAUCCUGGCAUCUAAAACUGUCCAGGAGGCUCACCCAGGAGAACCUCCAUUCGAUCUAGAACUCUUCUACGUUAAGUAUAGAAACUUUUCCUAUUUACAUUGUAAAUGGGCAACAAUGGAAGAGCUGGAAAAGGAUCCUCGCAUCGCCCAGAAGAUCAAGCGAUUCAGGAAUAAACAAGCCCAGAUGAAGCAUAUUUUUACCGAGCCGGAUGAAGACUUGUUCAAUCCAGACUAUGUAGAAAUUGACCGUAUCUUAGAGGUGGCCCACACCAAAGAUGCAGAAACAGGGGAGGAGGUAACACAUUACCUGGUGAAGUGGUGCUCCCUGCCGUACGAAGAAAGCACGUGGGAGUUAGAGGAAGAUGUGGAUCCUGCAAAAGUUAAAGAAUUUGAAUCUCUUCAAGUUCUCCCUGAAAUUAAGCAUGUGGAGAGGCCUGCCUCAGACUCCUGGCAGAAACUCGAGAAGUCUCGAGAGUAUAAAAACAGUAACCAGCUCCGGGAAUACCAGCUGGAAGGGAUGAACUGGCUUCUUUUUAAUUGGUACAACAGAAAAAACUGUAUUUUGGCUGAUGAGAUGGGUCUAGGGAAAACCAUCCAGUCCAUCACAUUCCUUUCAGAAAUAUUCCUCAGGGGAAUCCACGGCCCCUUUCUCAUCAUUGCUCCCCUUUCCACCAUCACUAACUGGGAGCGAGAGUUUCGGACAUGGACAGAAAUGAAUGCCAUUGUGUACCACGGCAGCCAGAUUAGCAGGCAGAUGAUCCAGCAGUAUGAGAUGGUGUACAGAGAUGCACAGGGAAACCCCCUUUCAGGAGUCUUCAAGUUCCAUGUUGUCAUCACAACAUUUGAGAUGAUCCUGGCAGAUUGCCCAGAGCUGAAGAAGAUUCACUGGAGCUGUGUGAUAAUUGAUGAGGCCCACAGAUUGAAGAAUAGGAACUGUAAACUUCUGGAGGGACUAAAGCUCAUGGCCCUGGAACAUAAAGUGCUGCUCACUGGAACACCCUUGCAGAACUCUGUAGAAGAGCUCUUCAGUUUGCUGAAUUUUCUGGAGCCAUCUCAGUUUCCUUCAGAGACUGCUUUCUUGGAGGAGUUCGGAGAUCUAAAAACAGAAGAGCAGGUAAAGAAAUUGCAGUCUAUCCUAAAACCAAUGAUGCUUCGGCGCCUGAAAGAUGAUGUGGAAAAGAACCUUGCUCCCAAACAAGAGACAAUCAUUGAAGUAGAACUGACCAAUAUCCAGAAAAAGUACUACCGUGCCAUCUUGGAGAAAAACUUUUCCUUCCUUACUAAAGGUGCAAAUCAGCACAACAUGCCAAAUCUUAUCAACACCAUGAUGGAGCUGAGAAAGUGCUGUAACCAUCCCUACCUGAUCAAUGGGGCAGAGGAAAAAAUUCUGGAAGAUUUCCGGAAAUCCCACAGCUCUGAUGCCUCUGACUUUCAGCUGCAGGCCAUGAUCCAGGCAGCAGGGAAGCUGGUGCUGAUUGAUAAGCUGCUCCCUAAGCUGAUUGCAGGUGGCCACAAAGUGCUUAUCUUCUCACAGAUGGUGCGCUGCCUCGACAUCCUGGAAGAUUAUCUCAUCCAGAGGAGAUACACCUAUGAGCGAAUUGAUGGGCGAGUACGGGGAAACCUGCGCCAGGCAGCCAUCGACCGGUUCUGUAAGCCAGACUCAGACCGCUUUGUCUUUCUUCUGUGCACCAGAGCGGGAGGCCUGGGGAUCAAUCUCACAGCUGCUGAUACCUGCAUCAUAUUUGAUUCUGACUGGAACCCACAAAAUGACUUGCAGGCUCAGGCCCGAUGUCAUCGCAUAGGCCAGAGCAAAGCCGUGAAGGUGUAUCGCCUAAUCACUAGGAACUCCUAUGAGCGAGAAAUGUUUGACAAGGCCAGCCUGAAGCUGGGCCUGGACAAGGCUAUUCUUCAGGACAUCAACCGAAAGGGCAGCACCAAUGGAGUACAGCAGCUAUCAAAAAUGGAGGUGGAAGACUUGCUCCGGAAAGGUGCUUAUGGAGCCUUAAUGGAUGAAGAAGAUGAAGGCUCCAAGUUCUGUGAAGAAGACAUAGACCAGAUUCUGCAAAGGAGAACCCACACAAUCACCAUCCAAUCUGAGGGGAAAGGGUCGACUUUUGCCAAGGCGAGCUUUGUGGCUUCAGGAAACAGAACAGAUAUUUCCUUAGAUGAUCCUAACUUUUGGCAGAAAUGGGCUAAAAUAGCUGAAUUAGACACUGAAGCAAAGAAUGAAAAGGAAAGCUUAGUGAUCGACCGGCCUCGUGUGAGAAAGCAGACCAAACACUACAAUUCUUUUGAGGAAGACGAGCUCAUGGAGUUCUCAGAAUUAGACAGCGACUCAGACGAAAGGCCCACAAGGUCCAGGCGCCUCAGUGACAAAGCCAGGCGCUAUCUCCGAGCCGAGUGCUUCCGGGUAGAGAAGAACCUGCUCAUUUUUGGCUGGGGCCGGUGGAAGGACAUCCUGACUCAUGGGCGCUUCAAGUGGCACCUGAAUGAGAAGGAUAUGGAAAUGAUUUGCCGUGCCCUGUUGGUAUACUGUGUUAAGCAUUACAAGGGGGAUGAGAAGAUCAAGAGUUUCAUUUGGGAACUGAUCACACCUUCCAAAGAUGGGCAAACUCAGAUCCUCCAGAACCACUCAGGGUUGUCUGCCCCAGUCCCCAGAGGAAGGAAAGGAAAGAAGACGAAAAACCAGCUAUUGCUUCCAGAACUGAAGAAUGCAGACUGGCUGGCCACCUGCAACCCAGAGGUGGUGUUGCAUGAUGAUGGGUACAAGAAACACCUUAAACAGCACUGCAACAAGGUGCUUUUGCGAGUCCGGAUGUUAUACUACCUAAAAGCUGAGAUACUGGGAGAAGCAGCUGAUAAAGCAUUUGAGGGAACUCCUGCCAGGGAGCUCGAUGUGCCUCUGCCCGACAUCGACUACGUGGAGAUCCCUGUAGAUUGGUGGGACGCUGAGGCUGAUAAAUCCCUUCUCAUUGGCGUGUUCAAACAUGGCUAUGAGAGGUACAAUGCUAUGCGGGCAGACCCAGCACUCUGCUUCCUAGAGAAAGUCGGAAUGCCUGAUGAGAAGUCCCUUUCUGCAGAACAGGGUGUUGCGGAUGGAACCUCAGAUCUUCCUGAAAGAGGCAACAUAGAUAAAGAAGAGAGUGCUGAGGACAAGUUAGAUGGUCUCCAGAAACAAACGGCAAGUCCCAGUGAUGGAAAUGAUGGCGUUUUGGGAGAAAAGAAGGAUGACAGCCAGGCAGCCCAGGAUGGCUCCGACUCAGACAAAUCAUCCUGGCCAGUUUCGUCUGCUCUCACAGCUCGUCUCCGGCGUCUGGUCACUGUUUAUCAGCGCUGCAACCGCAAGGAGCUCUGCCGACCUGAGCUCCUAGGACCAGGCAACCAAGGGUACUGGGUUCAGGAAGAGAUGUUCAGAAGAACCUCAGAAAUGGACCUCAUCAACAAGGAAGCCCAAAAGAGGUGGACUAGAAGAGAGCAGGCUGACUUCUAUAGAACAGUGUCUUCCUUUGGCAUUGUUUAUGACCAAGAAAAGAAAACCUUUGACUGGACACAGUUCCGCAUCAUUUCCCGCUUGGACAAGAAGUCAGAUGAGAGCCUGGAGCGCUAUCUUCAUAGUUUUGUGGCCAUGUGUCGGAAUGUGUGUCGUCUGCCCACGUGGAAAGAUGGUGGUUCCCCCGAUGCCAGCAUUUAUGUUGAACCAAUCACUGAGGAGCGAGCAGCAAAAACUCUGUACCGCAUUGAGCUGUUACGGAAGGUCCGAGAGCAGGUGCUGAGGUGUCCUCAACUGCACGAGCGCCUCCAACUCUGCAGGCCCAGCCUCUACCUCCCAGUCUGGUGGGAGUGUGGGAAACAUGAUCGAGACCUGCUCAUCGGCACAGCCAAACAUGGGCUCAACCGCACUGACUAUUACAUCAUGAAUGACCCCCAACUGUCUUUCCUAGAUGCCUAUAGAAACUAUGCCCAGCACAAGAGAACUGACACCCAGGCACCUGGAAAUCUCUGUUGCCUUUACCAAACCAGUUCUAAACUCUAUGAAUCUCUUACUUAUAUGAGUAGGACUUCAGAGUCUCUCGAAAGUGAAUCUGAGAAUCUGGUAAAAAUAGAAAGCAGGGAUGAUCAUCUCUGUCUGCCUAGAGCCAGCUUACCUGACAUUACUUGUGAAAACUUUAUUUCUAAAGUUCAGGAGGUCAUUUCUAUCGACCAUGAUGAAAACUUGCUGCCUGAGUCCUUGAUGUAUGGUAAGGGGCUUGGCCGAGAGCCAGACUCUUUUCAGGAGAGCCCAAGUACCAACACUCAAUCCAGGAAAGAUGCCAUUGCCAUCUCAGCCAGCAGAGAUGGGAGCUGCCAGCCUGCUGGCAUUGAGGCAGAAAUAGCUUCAGAUUCCUCUCUAAUGAGUAGCUUAGAAGCAGGAGUAGCUAAGAUGAACAUUAAAAAUGGAAAACAUUUGUUGAUAUCAGUUUCAAAAGAUGGGGAGCCCUGCUGCAGUGAGACAGGGCAGAGACCUGAAAGUGUGGGCCACCUAGAGGGCAAAUGCUUAGCUUCCCCUGCCUUAGAUGUAGGACAUGAGAGUACGUUUGUAGAUCUUUGCAGUCUUAGUGUCUCUGACUCCAAAAGAAGCCUCUCAUCAGAUCAGCAAUUAAUUGAUUUAUUAGAAAAUAAGAGUUUAGAAAGUAAGUUGAUUUUGAGCCAGAAUCAGAGUGAUGAGGAAGAAGAGGAAGAAAAUGAGGAAGACACCUUAGCCAUGGUAACAGGCACCAGAGAAAAGCCAGAGGUUUUGCAUUUCACUGAGCCCACUCUAAACAUCCCAAGGGGAACAAGCCUCAGCUUCCACCAGGAUGAAGCCAAGAAAGGAAGCCUAGAGGCUGUAAGCCAGACUCCUGGACCACAGGGGCCCUUUCCUCCUACAGCCUGUCAGUGUCACUGCAAACACAUGGAGAGGUGGGCACGUGGCCUAGGGAGUGAGGAAUCUGAAGUAGAGAAACCCAAGGUUUAUCAGCCAAACCUGUACAGAAGCAAAGCCGUUAAUACCACAGUGGAGGGUGGACCUGCUGUUACUCCACCAGAGCUAUUUAAAGUGAAGCAUGAGCUUCUGAAAGAACCUUGGAAAGAAAGUGCAGAGGGACUAAAAGGUUUCUCCACAUACGCUCCUGAGGGAAGUGAGCCCAAAUCAGAAGACAUGGAUUUUGAGAAUAAAGAUGAUUAUGAUAAAGAUGGAACCUGCCACAGUCAAGACUACCCAGGGAAAUACUCUGAAGAAGAGAGCAAGAGUUCAGCAUCAGGCAUUGCAGGAGACCUUGGGGAUGACCCACAGGAAGCACGGGCUCCCACCAUUGCUCAGCUGCUUCAGGAGAAAACCCUCUAUUCCUUCUCGGAGUGGCCAAAGGAUCGUGUGAUAAUUAACCGCCUAGAUAAUAUCUGCCAUGUGGUGUUAAAGGGGAAGUGGCCCUCCAACCAGCAGUGUGAACCCUCAGGCACACUGCCCACCCCCAUCUUAACCAGCAGUGCUGGUGCUCGAAACAGCCUCUCAGAACUAGAAGUAGCAGAACGUGGCUUCAGCAGUGGCGCAGCAUUGGCGGCCCAGAUCCAGAAGGAGAGCUUCUUAGCUCCAGUAUUCACAAAAGAGGAACAAAAGCACAGACAUCCCUAUGAGUUUGAGGUGGAGAGGGAUGCCAAGGCUCGGAACCUAGAACAGUACUCUGCCACCCAUGGGCACUCCCCCAUCAUCCUCAAUGGCUGGCAUGGGGAGUCAGCUAUAGACCUCUCCUGCUCAUCAGAGGGGUCCCCAGGAGCCACAUCCCCUUUUCCAGUGAGCGCCAGCACCCCUAAGAUUGGGGCUAUCGGUUCACUUCAAGGCGCCCUCAGCAUGGACUUGUCUGGGAUUCUGCAAGCUGGCCUAAUCCACCCAGUGACUGGACAGAUUGUCAACGGAAGCCUCAGGAGAGACGAUGCUGCCACAAGAAGGCGGAGAGGGAGACGGAAACAUGUUGAAGGAGGGAUGGACCUCAUCUUUUUGAAGGAGCAGACACUUCAGGCAGGAAUCUUGGAAGUCCAUGAAGACCCAGGGCAGAUCACUCCAAGUACCACACAUCCUCAAGGACCAGGAACUGCUACCUUAGGCCCUGAGCCAACAGCAGCACCCAACAACCAGGCUGAGAAAGCUGUUCCCAGCAAGAGCCUACUCGAGUGGUUGCGGCAGCAGGCUGACUACUCCUUGGAUGUUCCUGGCUUUGGGGCAAGUUUUUCAGAUAAACCCAAGCAAAGGAAACCACGCUGCAAAGAACCUGGGAAAUCAGAUGUCAGCUCUCUGAGUGGAGAAGAAAGGGUCCCUGCUGUCCCCAAGGAGCGAGGACUGAGGGGGUUUCUCCCAGAAAGCAAAUUCAAUCACACCCUGACUGAGCCUGUUCUUAGAGAUGCAGGCACCCGCAGGAGGGGGCGACGGCCUCGGAAUGACCUCCUGAAAGCUCCCGCCAUUGUGACAGACUCUCCCUCUGGAAUGGGACCACUCUUCAUGAAUGGGCUGAUUGCUGGGAUGGACCUGGUGGGAUUGCAGAAUGUGAGAAAUAUUCCAGGCAUCCCUCUCACAGGGCUGGUGGGUUUCCCAGCCAGCUUCGCCACCAUGCCUACUGGCGAAGAGGUCAAAAGCACUCUGAGCAUGCUGCCCAUGAUGCUGCCAGGCAUGGCUGCAGUGCCCCAGAUGUUUGGUGUCAGUGGACUCCUCAACACACCCAUGGCAACUACCUGCGCUUCCACUGCAUCGGCGUCUCUCUCAAGCACAACGAAAAGUGGUACAGCAGCCACUGAGAAGACUACAGAGGACAAGCCGAGCAGCCAUGAUGUAAAGACAGACACGCUUGCCGAACACAAGCCUGGUCCUAGUCCAUUUUCUGAUCAAUCUGAACCCACAAUAACUACUAGCAGUCCUAUGGCUUUUAACCCGUUCCUCAUCCCGGGAGUAUCUCCUGGACUCAUCUACCCAUCGAUGUUUCUCUCCCCUGGCAUGGGCAUGGCUCUGCCAGCCAUGCAGCAGGGCAGACACUCAGAGAUGGUUGGUCUGGAGAGCCAGAAGAGGAAGAAGAAGAAAACAAAGGGGGACAACUCCAACCCUAACCCAGAGCCUGCCUCUGCGUGUGAGAGGGAGCCAGGCAAUGAUCAGAACUGCACCGAACCCAGUACCCCGUUGCCCCCAGAGAGAGAACAUGUGGCACAGGCUGGGGAAGAGGGGCUGAAAGACUCCAACAACGACACCAAUUAGAACUUUUUCAUUUAAGAAAUUGUUGUGACUUGUAAGUUUCUUAUCCAUAAAGGUUUGUUACUUCCCUCACUUCAGCUUCAUAAGAACCUGUGUUUCCAUGAGUACAAUGACCCACCAAUUUCCUGUCCGAGAACUAUGGUAACAGAUGUUAGUAGUUGCAGGGUCUUGCCACUUCAUUAGAUAAGUGUCGUCUACCUAGUCUAGGAGGCACAGAAUUCUUUCUUUCUGUUACACGGUUCAUUCCAGCAAUCACAGUUGAUACAAUACUUGGUGACACACUCUACCCCUCUUCUUCCCAGAUUCCCAUUGAUCUGAAGAAGAAAAUGGCAAAAGAAUGCUGUCUAAGGAUUCGCUGUAGGGCUGAGAAACAGGCGAGAGAGCUCUUCUCUGUGAGCUAGGUCCAAUAGGAAGAAUGGAUUGAGGAAACCAAAAAGCACAGAAUAGGAAGUGCUGGUGUGUUUUUAAGUGUGUCCUGUUUUAUCAUGAUUACUAAGUAGUGUAGUCUGAAGUAUAUAAACUAAUGGUUGAAAAUGCACAUACUGAUUUCUUCUUAAAAGCAGGAACCUUCCUGAUAGUAAUAUAGUUCCCCCCUCGUGGUUUUUCCGACACCCACAGCAAGAAGAAAUACCGGCCAACUAGGCAGUAUGGAGUAUGCAUAUCCUCCUCCCGCUAAAAGAUGACUCCGAGUCAGAGAUAGCUUCCCACACCGACAUGAGGGAGGGCAAGGGCUCACUGUGGAGCCGCACGCUGCUCACUGGCACUGCUCGCACCUUAGCUGCCAACAGCUUCUCUAGCCACUCAUUUGCCUCUUUGUGUUUAAGGAAUCCUACUGGGUUUUUAUUUUGUACCCUUUCACCCCAAGUCAGGCUUUCUGGAGCCUGUGAGAAGGUACCACUCAGGACUUGCUGGGUUCUGCCAUCGGGUGGAGGUUGUCCAGACACAUACCGUAGCCUGUGUACCACAACUGUGAAAAGCUUUUUCCCUACGCUCUCUCCACUCUGCUUUUGUCUUACAUUUGGGCCCAAAUUCCAAACUGUCAGGCAAGGUUCCUUUGUCUCUCCUUCCACUUCUCCAUGUUUAGGAGCUGAGUUGGGAAGAGCCCGUCCAGCAGAACUUGGGUUCCCAUUUUCUUGAGAGCCCCCCCCCACACACACACACACAUCAUGACCCUCCUUCAUGGACAGCUCACACUUAAGAAUUGAACUGAGCUCAGCACUCUGGGGGCAUAGGACUCGUGGGGCCUGGAAACAUGGCAAGUGUUACUAGUACCAGUUUCACUUUUCGUUGUCACGAUUUACUGUGCUUUUUACUGUUUCUGUUACAGUUUUGCUAAUUUAUCAGAAGGUCCAAAAGUUUGACAUAAUUUUCAGUUUGCAUUAUUUAUUUAUGAUGCUUUUGUCAUUGUCUUUUAUACAUUUGGGAUUAUAAAUUAUGUAAAUGUUAAAAUGAGCAUCUCAAAGAAGUCUGUUAAAUUGUGACCGAAAAAAAAAAUCAAUCGGGUGUCUUUUCAAAGAGUAGAGUCCUGGUUUAUGAAUCACAGGGUACACACUAGAAAUUCUAUAACUGACCCUAGAAGAAGGAGUCCAUGAUUGAAGAAAUGCUGUUUAAUAACACCUUUGUAGUGCAGGUCUGGAAUGCCGACAACAGAUUUCUUGGAAAUGCUGCUCUCUAUUUAACUAACAUUUUGUUCAGUUUUGCCUCCAGUGGAAGCAGAAAAGGUUUUUCAGCUGUUAAAUCCUAAAAAAAAAAUCAAUAUAAUUUAUUUAUGUAAAAAAAAUCACUCAAUCAAUAUAUUUUUGAACCUUUUAAGUACUAAUUUUCUUUUUAUCAAGUAGAAAAAAAAGAAAUGUAUUUGCCCUAAAUCCUUAAAAUACAAAUGCUAUAAAAAUUCCUGUAUCUUGAAAGCCUUACUGCAGAUGAGUAUUAUAGAUGCGCAGCGGAGUCUGUUUCUUCGUUGUCUUGUGUUGUGUUGUUUUAUAUGGAAAGCUGCUCUCCCCAGGUUCCACUUAAACCUCCAGUAGGUCACAGGGUUCAAUGUGGAUCUGACUUAACCACCAGCAUGCGCAAUCCCUUGUUAUAUCUUAUCGAACCUGUAUGUUAACUCUCGGGUGUUUAGGCUUCUGUUUGACUGCUGUUGUGACCCUGUUUGCAAAAUGAAACUGACACUCUGUGGAUUAUUUGCUCUGUAAGACAUAAGUGCUUCUUAUUAUUAUUUUGACGUUUCCAAGAGCAAAAGCCAAAUUUAAACUCUCUUCAGCAAACUUGAGCCUCUUCAUCUAAUUCCAUGUCACUCACAGCCAUAACUUUUCUUGGUCAUUCUUCACCUGUCUUACAUAAUAAACUGUCUGUGGUCUUGA